CAUCUCGUUACGCCAUUUUUUUUUGGGGAGCAGCAGUCGUGUCCAGAUAAGGAGGAUUAGAUUCAGUACAGGUACAUCAAACGGUACCUCUUAUAUUAAUUUAUUCGAGUUAUCUGUCUCACGGGACACUUGCUUGUCCAUCACACUCACACAAUGUCGUCAGAAAACCUGGACUCGGACACUCAGGUGGACUACGAGGACGAAAAACAGGACUCCCAGGAGAAGAAUGCAAACCCUGUGAAGGCAGAGGAGGCCAAGCUGAAGGCCAAGUACCCCGGCCUGGGCCAGAAGCCCGGCGGCUCAGACUUCCUGAUGAAGAGACUACAGAAAGGGCAAAAGUACUUCGACUCAGGCGACUACAACAUGGCCAAGGCCAAGAUGAAGAAGCUUCCCGUGACAGGGCCCGACAAGAACCUGGUGACUGGCGACCACAUUCCCACGCCGCAGGACCUGCCCCAGAGGAAGUCCUCCUUGGUGACCAGCAAGCUAGCCGGCUAGCCUCCGUCAUCCUAGAAGCACCCUAACCCCCCCUGGGGCUCCCGUCAAAUGUCCCUCCUCCUCACCCGUGUCCCCAAUAUGUCCAUCCCCUCCCCUCCCUUCCCUUUUUAUCCCCAGGCACCUCUGGCUUUAACAUGUCGGGCAGAGUUGUAUAAGUUAAAACUCCAUUUGCUUGUAUGUGGGUGGAGCGGGGUGGGAGGGGUGGAGGUUUAGGCGUCCUGUGAGGUCGCAGCCUUCUCUGCCUUCCCACCACGCACAGCUCUGCCCCCUCUGCGCACUCGGCUCUACCGCCUCCCUUAUGUCUUGGUUUUCGUUGUUCCAAGAGGCAUCACAGUAGGUGUGUCAUCGGGCAGGGGUUGGGUUUGGUGAGUUAAUGCACUUUGUAGUCUGUAUAGUAUGCUUGGUCUUUUUUUUUUCAUCCUAAAUGACACCAAAAUAAUGCGAGUAAGGGAGUUAGGAACCAUGAUUGCAGCGCGUUCUCUGAUCUUCAUGUUCCCAUGUAUGCUGGUGGCUGCCUUCGGCGGGAGGGAUUGAAAGAUGUAUGUCAAUCAUUGCUUGCAUACCAAGUCUGUGAGGGGCAGCUGCCUAGCUUAAGAGUUAUUCAGCAUUCACUGACACAAUAUUGGGAAAUAGGAGAAUUGAAUGGAAGCUUCCUUUCAUCUCAUCCUUCGGCCACCUUAUGGUCGAGGUCGUCAGCUGCAGCUCAGCCAAACGGGGAUUUGAAGCGCCACUUUUUUUGUUUCUUUCUCUCUGCUCAUGUUGCUUUAAUCCUUUCCUCCUGUUCAAUCUAAAUAUGCUGCAUGAUUGAAACAAAUAAAUAAUAACAUGUUGGGAGUGGGACAACUGUUCUGUGAUAGGAGUGAUCUAAACAAACACAUGGAGCCCUGAAACGUCCACAGUCACACUUCCUUCCUUCCCUUUUCGCUGUCCCGACAAUCCACGUAGACACGCUCCUGUUGGCGGCCCAGAGCAACAGCCAGCUGAUUAUGUCCUUGUAUUAUUUUUAAUGGCUGCCGAUCUGUUUGGUUGCUGUUGAGUUGCAUCAAGACGUGUGUUUACUAUGAGCCUAAAACCUUUGUGGGGGUAUUGAAUCACCCUGCGUAGAGUAUAUGCUUCUGUAAAUAAUACUGAAACAAGCACGUGAGACGUGAUGAGCUCGGCGCUCCGAGGACCAGAGGGAGGAAUGUUAGUGCUGAAUCGACUCACUUGGGAUUACAUCCUGGGAUUUCUGGCUUGUAAAUUCUAUGCUUUUCCAACGGAGCCAAAUGUCACACUGCAGCUCUCCGGUUGGUUCCCUUUGUCUUUCCAAUGAGACUGUUCCCAUCUAAUCAUCUGCAGCCCCCGCUGCUCUGGCUCACAUUGUGGUUGGAGUUCAUGGAGGUUUGAGAAGUGAUGUCACCACGAGCCAGACAUCUUAUGUUCUCGCCAUCUUUGAAACACAGAGAACCGACUCUGUUAUCACUUCAGUGUGACAUGCGAACACGUGUUUUAAGUAAAACUGCUUUAUCCGAUUUAUAAAAGUCGCAUUGACGAGACACAAAUAGUCAUAGCCUUCAUUGUCUGCGAUGUGAUGUGAAACUUGUUUUCGGACAUUUGGGACAGACCAAAAUAAUUGUUCUUGCUCAAGCUGCUUGUUAAAGGUAAAGGACUUUGGUUUCACAUCUUUUUGUUGGAGGUGGUUUUCAACCCUUGUAUACUGUAUCUACUCAACGUAUACUGUACAUCACAGUCAGACGUAGUGGUUCCCUUGACAUCUUGCCCUGAAACACUAACUUUAGUAAAAGAAAACUGACUUUGCUUCCCUUAAACCGUAGCUGGAGUUUAGACCUGCUUCUACUACCAUCGCCCCAUAGAACAAAGUGGGAGGGUAAACAGCAGGCAGCCUGGUAGCGACAGGUGUCAGCUCGGCUCCCAAGAUCGUGAUGGCGGGCUUAAAGUGGGACACUGCAUGCCUGCAGGACGCACUCACGCCAACACUUGGCAAAGCAGAGAGAGCUUUUAUAACACAUGGUGAGGGGCCAAACGGCACUCUUAUCCCACCUGUUAAUGUUGUUCAGCCUCUGAAAGAGGUGAAGGAUGGGAUCAACCAAUCUGCAGACUUUGAAUGCAUGCCGUCCACACAUUCAAGAAUCAGAACUGGACGCCGGCGCUCAUUGAGAAUCAGCCUCCUUGUAUAAUACUGCUUCAGGGAACCUUCACACACGCACUCUCCACCAUGUAGGCUAGGUGAUAGGGUGCAUGCACCAUCACAUUCUCAACCUCACUUCUUCUUCAUCGAGACUUUCAAAUGUGCAGUGGGCGAGAGAACUGACCUGUACGUAUGUGCUUGUUAUGGUGUUGUAUGAAUGCACUGCUUUUCUCUGUUCUAGCCAUUGUACAUAGACUUCAACAGGAAGGGAUCUUUGUGUUGUUUCCCACCUGCUUUUCACUCUUUCUGAUUCAAUGGUUCCUCUCUCCUUUCUGUUUAACACUACUUCUGCUCUAUCUUAGUGAAUUGCAGAAGCUAUGUGAAUCUGUAUCAUAUGAAAAUAUGUGUAAAUGCUGCUGAUUCAGUCAAAGACAAAUCUAAGAGAUGAUACCCUGUAAAGAACACCUGUCCUCUUUGAUUCUACCAGUUCUCCCCAAGUACCUCUGUUUGAGAGUCCUACAGCUCCAGUGUUUCUGGUCCUGACAGCCAGAAAAGUCUGCAAACUCUUUGUGUCACUUUGAUUGACAAGAACAGACCAUUUAGCAUCAUAUUGUGUUAAAAAGAUUACCGUUUUGUACUUUCAAGAGUAAAGAUUGCUAAAAGAAAUGGGUGUACAAGCUACAACAUGUUGUAUGAAACUAGAGUGGACAGGAGUUCUUGAAUGCUCCUUGAUGUUUGGCUUCGCACAGAGCCUUUCAACGAGAGGAAAACACAGGGUACGUUUCAAAACCCAACACACUCGUUCAGCUACAUAAACACGUGCCAGAAUGUAUAAAGAAACGACAGGCUGUGUGCUCUGAAGUACUUUUGUGCUGCUUUUACCUUAUUUGUUUUCUUGUUGUUUUGCAAUUAAAUGUUUUCUUUGUUUUUGUUCUUGUGUUCUCUUACUGCAUAAUUAGUAUUUUGCAUCCUUGCCCAAGAUAACUGCAGGGAAAUCAGAGGCACCCUUGCUUCCAAGGAGAAAACAAAAAGGGUUUACAUGAUAAAGAGGACGACUGGAGAACACAGGAAUGAUUUUAAGACUUCAGAACGUACAGGAGUACUUGGAAUGUUUCAGUUGUGUGGGAGUAGGUGAGAGGAUUUUUGUCAGUAUUUGAAAUAAACUUUUACAUUAAUACGAUUUCCUUGUUUUUCGUUGAUGUUAGGUCUCUGCUCUCGUACGAGAUAUAUAUGUGCUGGAGCCUACAUAGUGGACUGUAAUAAGAAAAGAUCCCAUGUUGAAGCGUAAAAAGGCUGAAUCUUGAGGGGAAACACAUGAUGGAGGAGCAGAAGGAGUAGAAACUCCCUCUGACCACCAGGGGGAAGCACAAUCCUUUAUUUCUAACGUGUCCUUCAGUUGAAAACUGAUGGAAAUUUCCGGCAUUCCUGACAUUACAUGGAAAGUUUCAGUUGUUUAGAGAAGAACACUUUGUCAAAAUGUGUCACAGACUGCGAUGACAAAAAAAACUGCUGUUCUUCAACUGAAAUGUGUCAAUACACCUUCAUGUGAUUCUAAAGGUUAUGUGUGCUAAUGUGCAGGACACGGUGGCUAUAACUGUCAGCAAUAUGGCCCCGUUUUUAAAUUUAUUGCAUUAAAUAAAUUACAUGUC